AUGAAUAGAAAAAGAAAUGUUAAUUUUAUAAAGCCCGACGACCCUCCAUUUUUAAGAGCCUUAAAAAUCCAAGCUGGUUAUGACGACAAAAAUCACAAGUUUGACGAACUCCAUAAUAAAGACGAAGACUUUGUGAGUGAUGAUGAUAGUGAAUUACCACAAGUCAUAGUUUUAAAAAAGGGAGACCUCACAGCAGAAGAAGCCGAUGUUGAAAAAGAAAAAAUCAAAAAGAUUGAAGCUGAAAAAAAAGCAGACUUAAGUCAGAGAGUUGUAUUUAAAGCUAAGAAAAAAAUUAGCUAA